AUGGUCUGUUCAAACAACGGUCAUUGUGAAUGCAACCGCUGCGUGUGCAAUGCUGGUAAAACUGGAGCUUUCUGUGGAAGUGAUGAAGAAAUCGCCGAGGUCAGAACCACCUUGAGUUCGUAUUUCGCACCCACAAAAACUAGCGCACAUCGUCGAUGCGUUCCUUUAUUGCAGGAGCGCGGCAAAAUUUGAAAUCUUCCUUUUCUCACCAAAAUAGCCAUAAAAUCGUAGUUUAUUACCUCGUUAUACUUUUUGGGGUUGGGAGAAAUCCAUUUCACUGAACUUUUUCAGACAACCUUGGCCCCGAAAGAAGCGUCGAGUGAGAGCGAAGAGGAUCAGAAAGUCGAUGGUGAAGACGCGGCUGAGAAGACUCUCGAAGAAAACGUCGACAAAGUGGACAAGAACAUCGUCGCCACCUCGGGAUCGGCCGUACACAAGCUCUCUGUAGCUCUUGCAGCUCUUGUCUUAAUAUUCGUUUAG